AUAAAGUCUUAUCAUAUUGUCUACUUGAUAGAGUAGUACCCAAGGCCGAAAAUAUAAUAGGUGACUACCAGGGUGGGUUUAGGACCAAUAGAUCCACAACUGACCAAAUGUUCAUUCUAAGACAAAUCAUCCAAAAACGUUUGGAAUUUGACAAGGAGGUACACGUGUUAUUUGUGGAUUUCAGAAAAGCUUAUGACUCUAUACAUAGAGAAAGUCUUUUAAACAUUCUCAAAGAUUUCAAAUUCCCCAGAAAAAUUAUUAAUCUCAUUGGAACCAGUCUCAAUCAUACAGAUAUACAGGUCAAGAUAGGUAACGUAACAUCGCAGCCAACUAGAGUAACGACAGGACUUCGGCAAGGGGAUGCUUUGUCUCCAUUGCUGUUUAAUUUAGUACUGGAGAGGGUAAUACGUGAGAUGAACAUUUCGAAGGGAGUUAUAUUAGGACAGAUAAGAAAUGGAAUGCUAGCAUAUGCGGAUGAUAUCGCUCUCCUUGGUGAAGAUUUAGAUAUGAUAAAGAGAUUGGGAAGUAAUCUAAUAAAUACGGCAAAAAAGUGGGCCUAACCGUUUAUGAGGAAAAAACAGAGUACCUUUUGGCUAGCCGAAGAAAUAGAAAUGGCGGUCUGGAACAAUAUAUCAAAAUUGAAGAACUCAAGUUCAAAAGAGUGUCUCAAUUUAAGUUUCUAGGGCCGAUGAUAACGGAGGAUAACGACAUCAAGACAGAGGUGUCAACAAGGAUACAACUAGCGAAUAGAGGAUAUUAUGGACUUGAGGAUGGUCUUAAGGACCGUAACUAA